AUGGCGCCCGUCGGGAUUAUCGCUCGCCUCAAGAGCCUGUACACUAAACCACAGGAUGAGCCUGUCAUUUCAGCGCAGCAAGCCGCGCUGUAUUCGGUAGCCUUGACCUUCCUCUAUGUCGUCCCGUUCUACCUCUUCUCCGCCACGCGGCCGUCGCAAACCCUGAGUCGGGAUGCCCCUUCGGUCAUUCGGGCUCGCACCCGCGCGGUGACGGGGUCUUGCCUGCUCAGCACGGCGGCCGUUCUGUGGCUGUUCACGGCUAAGGGGCAUAUCCCGUCAAACGAGGCCCUCCGGAUUCUGGGAUGGUGGCCUGUGGGCGUCCAGGAGAUCGUGCGCGGUCUAGCCCUAACCGCCAUCCUGUUCAUGGGACCGCUCUUUGAGCGAGGCAUCGUAUACGGCCAAUGGCGGGACUGGGUCCGGGGGCGGGGGGUGUCCGAGUCGCUGCGCGGAUGGAUGGGAUGGCGCAACUUCAUCGCCGGCCCCAUUACCGAAGAGGUUCUCUUCCGAUCAUCCAUCAUCCCACUCCACCUACUAGCCAGAGUCCCACCCAGCCGCAUCAUCAUGAUCACACCGCUGUAUUUCGGCAUCGCCCACGUGCACCAUUUCUACGAAUUCCGCCUCACCCACCCCGACACCUCCGCGUUCGCCGCCCUGCUCCGCUCUGUCAUCCAGUUCGGAUACACGACCGUCUUCGGCUGGUACGCCACCUUCCUGUAUCUGCGGACCGGAUCGCUUCUGGCCGUCAUCGUCGUCCACAGCUUCUGCAACUGGUGCGGGCUCCCCCGGCUAUGGGGGCAGGUGGGCGACGCGGGCGUGCCGUCGGAUUCGCCGCGCCUGUGCAAAGACAAGGACGGGGCGGAGUCGGGUUCUCGGAAGGAGUCUGGCCGGUUACGGAUCGGUUGGACUAUUGCCUAUUAUGUGCUUCUUGUGGCGGGGAUCGUGGGGUUUUACAAGGGGCUGUGGCCGUUGACAGGGUCGCCGCGUGCUUUGGUCUCUUUUACGGCCAUUUAA